AUGGAGAGAGUUAACCAAACCAGCAGUGUCUCCGAGUUCAUCCUCCUGGGACUCUUCUCCCGGCCCGAGGACCAGAAGCCACUCUUUGCCCUCUUCUUCAUCACGUACGUAGUCACCAUAGCGGGAAACGUGCUUAUCAUCCUGGCCAUCCGCUCUGACACUCAGCUCCAGACCCCCAUGUAUUUUUUCCUUAGCAUUUUAUCCUUUGUCGAUGUUUGCUACACAACCACCAUAGUUCCCAAGAUGCUGGUGAACUUUCUGUCAAAGCAGAAGUCCAUCUCCUAUGCUGAGUGUAUGACCCAGAUGUAUUUCUUCUUGGCUUUUGCCAGCACAGAGAGUUACCUCCUGGCAGCCAUGGCCAUUGACCGCUAUGUGGCCAUCUGUGACCCCUUCCACUAUGUCACCACCAUGAGCCGCCGCCGCUGUGUCCUGCUGGUGACUUUCUGCUCCAUCGCUCACCUCCAUUCCCUCUUACUGGUUCUCCUGAUAAAUUGUCUUCUCUUUUGUGACUCCAAUAUCAUCCACCACUUCCUCUGCGACAUCAACCCUCUACUGAAACUGUCCUGCUCCUCCACGUUUGUCAAUGAAAUUGUAAUUAACACCGAAGGACUGGUAACCCUGGUGAGCCCUUUCAUAUGUGUUAUCAUCUCUUACCUACAAAUCCUCACUGUUGUUCUUAAGAUCCCUUCAGCUGCUGGGAAACAUAAAGCUUUCUCUACCUGUGGUUCCCAUGUCACCAUGGUGACCCUCUUUUAUGGAAGCAUUAUUUAUGUUUAUUUCCGACCCCUGUCUACCGACACCAUCAAGGACCGAGUGGCAACGGUCAUCUACACCAUUCUGUCUUCCAUGCUGAACCCUUUUAUCUACAGCCUGAGGAACAAAGAUGUGAAGAGAGGCCUGAGGAAGCUGAUGAGCAGGAGGAUGUCCUAG